UGUGUGGUAGCAGCGGUGGGCGGGGUUUCGCGCUCACACUAAAUAUUCAAAAUGGCGGACAGAGGAUCAACGACUCAAGAUGAGCGCUCGACUGCAGAUUCCAGCAGCCAUCCAGCAGAUCUGAGCAAAGGCAGCAUGGAGAACGGAGCGCAUGGAGCAGCUCAGGCCAACGGUCUGGAUGGCCACAAACCGAGCGGUCAAGCAGCGGUCAGCAGCGUUCAGACACAAGCGCUGCUCCAGCAGCUGUUGCAGACGCAGACGCAGCUCCUGGCCGCAGGUCAACAGAACAGCACCACUGGAGCCAGUAUCUCCGCCUCCGCGGCCACGCCCAUCACACUGUCCCAGCCCAUUCAGAUCGCCUCUCCGCAGGGCAUGAACCUGCAGCAGUUCGUCCUGGUCCAGCCGGGUCACUCCCUCAGUCCUCAGUUUCAGCCGCAGUUCAUCAUAUCUCCGUCUCCUCAGGGUCAGACCGGUCUCCUGCAAGCUCAGAGUCUCCUGACGCAUCUACCUCAAAGCCCCGCGCAGAGCAGCUUCGCCCUCACCGCGCAGGGCGAUGUGGGGCUGGCGAUGGGGAAACUCUACGGAAACGACUUCAGUCAGACCACCAUCUCCAGAUUCGAGGCCUUGAACCUGAGCUUCAAGAACAUGUGCAAACUCAAACCUCUGCUGGAGAAAUGGCUGAACGACGCAGAGCACAUGUCUGCGGACUGCGUGGUGUCGAGUGCGAGCGAGAUGUCUCCGGGUCUCUGUGAGAGUCUGAACCGCCGGCGCAAGAAGCGCACCAGCAUCGAGACCAGCAUCCGUCUGGCCUUAGAGAAGAGCUUCCUGGAGCAGAGUCCGAAGCCGUCGUCGGAGGAGAUCACACUGAUCGCGGAUCAGCUGCACAUGGAGAAGGAGGUGGUGCGCGUCUGGUUCUGUAACCGCAGACAGAAGGAGAAGCGGAUCAAUCCUCCCAGCAGCAGCGGCUCGCCCGGAUCGGCCCUCAGAUCCAUCUACAGCAGCGCCUCGGCCGCGGUGUCCAGCGGCACGAGCACACUGACGGUCAGUCCUGUGGUUUCUCUGAGCGGCGGCAGCAUCUCUAACCUGACGUUCAGCGGCGGAGCUCUGGGUCAGGUGACGUCUAACACGCCCUCCGUCAUCUCCAUGGCGCCCGCUGUGGCCACGCCCACUCCGAUCAUGACAUCAUCCUCGCUCAGCCCAUCCGCCACCGCUUUCAAACAGGAACUGGCCUCCGUGGCGCAGGCGGUUUCCACGGCGACGACGGUCACGCAGGGGGCGGGGCAGCUGCUGGUGACGGGCCCAGGACUGGGCGGGGCUAAUCUGACGGCCUUCGCGGGUUUGAACCCGGCGAUCAUAACUCCGUCGCAGCUGACGCAAGGCGGGGCGCUGCUGAGUUUGGCUCCUGCGCUGAUGAACAACAACCUGCUGGCCACCAUCCAGGCUCUGGCGUCUGGCGGCGCUCUUCCUCUGACCUCCAUCGACGGAAACCUGCUAUUCGCCAACACUAGCGCGGGAAACCCCGCCCCCAGCCUGGUGACCACACCCUUCUUCCUCAACCCGUCCAGCUUCUCUCUGCUGCCGGCCAAUCUGCUGUCGGCGGGCGGGGCCGGAGGCGGAGCUCUCAACCUGCAGCUGACCAGUGACGUCGCCACGACGACCAAGAGUGUGGGCGUGGCCUCGAAGGCGCAGUGAGCGUGUGGCUCCGCCCCAAUUCUGUGCUAUCACCAAAAACUCUUGCGAACAAUCGUCAAGCUCAAGGAGGAUGGAACUUAAUCAGUUUCUUAAACUAACGUCUAAAUUAACCAAAAAUGUGACUCUUUCAAAUUCUUGACGAGAGAUUGUUUCGCGUAACAGAGUUUCUAUUGACUUUCUACGAGGCUUUCUGUUGUUUUUAUUCGCGGCUCUGUGGAACGAGCCGAUUGUAGAUGAUUUCUAACCAAAAGCAUUUCAGAUCUUUUUCGUUGCGUUGGGUGGAGGUUCUUUUCAGAAGACUUUUUAAACUAGUACUCUAACUCGACAUCACUUUAUCAAUACGGUUAGAAGGCUUUAAACGAGUACUAACGGGUGCCGGCGAGAGAUGCAAGCCAACUCUGAGUGAACUGAUUCUGAAUCGAGUUCGUUCAACUGAAUUGAUUUAACCUGUGUGAUUCGCUCACAUCUGUCUGUUCCUGGCGAUCUGACGGAGCAGGGGUCAGAGGUCAGGAAUCCUCCAGCACUGAUGCUCAAGGAUCUUCAUCUGAAGACUCUGCUCAUACUACUGUGUACAGACACGCUUCAGCGUCAUUUCUGUUUCUUUGCCAAAGCAAACGUCUUUUUUUUUAACUCCUUUCGCUGAUGGCGUCUCGUUGUUUUUAUAUGAAAAUAUCAGCAGUUUCUGUUCUUUGCUCUGCUCUCAUCUCUCGCUGUAUGGUUUAUUAUAUUGCGUUUAUCAGUGAUUGCGUGCAAGCAGCUUCAGGUUCAUCUUUAUUAUUUUCUGCAGGAUUGAAAACCAAAGAUUCAUCAGCGUUUUUUGUGCCGCCCUCCGUUUCUCCUCCUCUUUAGUCAGAAAACACACACUAUAUUCCAGGAGUAUAUAGAAAUAUAUGAAAAAACAUAGUUUUAUUUUGUGGCUCCCAAAGCAGAAAUCCUCUUAAGGAUAAAAACCAAAGAUUUCUCACUUUCUCUUUGCCUUUCCUUUAAUUUUUUUUUUUUAAUGUGUAGUUAAUUUGAAAUCAUGAACUCAUUCUAGUCUUUAUGAUCCAGAGGUUAGAUGAUUGAUUCUCUGCUGGAAUAAGAAUUGAGAUAAAGCGUCUCAGAGCGUGUGUGUGAGAGCGUUUUUGUGUGUGUGUGUGUGU